ACACUAUAACUUACGUGCUAGUUUGAGUAUUUGCAACUUUUUCUGUAACAUAUUUGUUGAUACUAAUUGCAUAUUUUUACUAUAAAAAAAUGGAAGUAAUGAUCUGUGAAGAAUCAGCCGAUUCUGAAGAGGAAAUUCUCGUAUUCGCAGAAUUCGAGGAUACUGUGAACAUGGAAAACUAUAGAUCAAUACAUGUGCUUGGUAUUACUGGGAAAAAUCCUAUAAUACAAUUAGAUGACACCAUAUUCACAGGACAAUUAGAAAGCCCUCUUGGAACAUACAUGUUCUUUGCAAGAGAUGUAGCUCCGCCUAGUGUUGAUCCUCUUUUUGACAAAGUGCCAAAGGAAAAUAUGAAGUAUCUUUGUAAAGCAGACAAAUACCUCAGAAUGAAGCAUACUUACAUUACUCCUAGGGAAGGUGCAGAAACAGAUGUUCGAAGUGAACCUCCAGAAGAUGAAGAUAAUUUGGUGCCAUUAAAUUUCAAGACAGUACAAGAUGCAAUAGAUACCUUUAAAAUAGAGUGGAAAUCUAAAAUACAAGAAGCUGAUGUUAAAGUGACCCCAAACCAUCCAUCAUGUGAAGAUCAAGAUAUGACAGAUUUAGAUUUUAAGAGCUGAUAUAAGUUAGUUUUGUUUGCCAUACAUUAUCAUGAAUAAAUUUAAUAUUUAUUCA